AUGGCUCGUGGUUUUCUCACCAUCUGCGUCAGCGCUCUUUUGGCCGUCGCCGGCGCAGUUAAGCCCGCAGACGUGGUCUUUUACAAUGGCAACAUCUACACCAUGAACCCUUCUAACAACAUGGUUACCGCCAUGGCUGUGCGUGGAGGAAAGAUCGAGUAUGUCGGCGACAAGAAAACAGCGCACUCGUACAUUGGAAAGAAGACAAAGGUUAUUGACCUCGAGGGCCGCAUGGUCAUGCCUGGUCUUGUAGAUUCCCACAUGCACCUUGUGUCGGGGGGUCUCUUUCUUCUCAAGUGCGAUCUGAGCUACCAGACAUUGUCCAUUGCGGAGGUGCUGGAGCACAUUCAGGGUUGUAUCGAUAAUGAGGCCGACAAGGGUGAUGAUGACUGGAUUGAGGUCGUCAAUAUGGACUACGCUGGUCUUGUGUCGAAGAGCGGAAAUGUUGGAAAGGCUCAACUCGACAAGCUCAGCACAAAACGACCCGUUAUCAUCCGCUCAAGCGACUACCACACUAUUCUGGCCAACUCCCGUGCGCUUGAUCUCUCGAACAUUGAUGCCAACACUAAGGAUCCUGCUGACGGCAAGAUUGUCCGUCUUCCGGGAAGUCAAGAGCCUGCUGGUGCUCUCCAAGACGGCGCUUCUAGCCUUCUUGCUGGUCCCCCUCCUCCCACCAAGGCCGAGAACCUUCAGGCUGGCCGUGCUGCCCUCAAGCUACUGCGUGAAGCCGGUAUCACCACCUUUCAGGAUGCUGCCGCUGAUGAGGGUCACCACACUGUCUUUAGCGCUAUUAAGGAGGAAGAUGGUCUCUCUGCACGCGCUUAUUUCGAUUACCGCAUUGAGGCUCCCAGCUCAGUGGAAGGGGUAUCUGCUCUUGUCAAGAACGUCACUAAGAAACUAGCUUCUUGGCACGACAAGUCUGCUGUCGGACCUAAGCCUAACCUCAAAUGGCAAGCCAUCAAGGCCUUCAUCGACGGUGUCAUCACAUACCCCUCAAACACCGCUGCUCUCGUCGACCCAUACUGGGCACCCGUCAAUGCCUCUAACGAGAACGGCACUUGGGCUCCUGACAAGAACUCCCUGAACGACCCCUACUGGAAGCCUGCUGUGCUUACCAAGACCAUCGAACAGCUUUUCAUGGCCGGUAUUGACGCCCAACUCCACGUCGACGGUGAUCUCGCUGUGCAGGUUGGCCUUGACGCUGCCGAGGCAUUCCGGAAAAAGCACCCCGGCAAGGACAUCCGCCUUGGUCUUGCUCACAAUGAGCUUUCACAAGAAAGUGACUGGCCCAGAUAUGCCAAGCUAGGCGUUGACCCUAUCGUCAGCUACCAGUGGUCACAGCUCAGCUCAUUCUAUAUCCCCAACACUUUCAAUUCCCUUGCCGAGUAUCGCAUGGACAAUCUUCAGGCAUGGGCCCAAUUUGAGAAGCGAGGUCGCCCUCUUGUGUAUGGAAGCGACUGGCCUAUUGAUCCUCUGGACGAGUUCCUUGCUCUCAAAGUUGCAGUCACACGCUCAGGAGAUCCUGAAAACCCCAACUCACCAGCGUCACAGGGUCCUCCUUUCGAUGGUGUCUUCCCGGGCAGCGGCAUCUCACGCACGUCAGCCUUACGUUCAAUCACUAUCAACGGCGCCCGCUUUCUCCGUGCCGAUAAGCAGAUUGGCUCACUGGAAAAGGGCAAGCUGGCUGACGUAAUUGUUUUGGAAAAAAACUUCUUCAAGGUCCCCGAGGAGGAGCUUGGUCGACAGAAGGUGCUGCUGACCAUGGUCGGUGGAGAGGUGCUCUACGUUGCAAAGGGUCACGACUUUGGCGUCAAGGCCAAGUUUCCCAACGAUGAUGAGGCAAGUGGUAAGUUGGCUCGUCGCACCAUUGGCGGUUUCAACGCCAACGAUCUGUCAGAGGAGGCCAAGAUGGACGCUGCCAAGCUACGAAAGAGGGGCGUUUGUGCUCACAAGCACUAA